AUGGCGCGUGUUUAUGCAGAUGUGAACCAAACGAUGCCUCGUAGUUAUUGGGACUACGACUCGGUCAACAUUACGUGGGGAGUCUUAGAAAACCAUGAGGUUGUACGAAAAAUUGGGCGUGGCAAGUAUUCGGAAGUCUUCGAAGGUAUCAACAUUGUCAAUUACCAAAAAUGUGUUAUCAAAGUUCUCAAACCAGUAAAAAAGAAGAAGAUUAAGCGCGAAAUCAAGAUUUUACAGAACCUAUCUGGAGGCCCGAAUAUUGUUGAAUUACUUGAUGUCGUACGGGAUCAGCAAAGCAAAACACCUUCCCUCAUAUUUGAACACGUCAAUAAUACCGAUUUUCGUUCGCUUUACCCGAAGUUUGUCGAUUACGAUGUGAGAUAUUACAUAUAUGAGCUACUAAAGGCAUUAGACUUCUGCCAUAGUAAGGGUAUUAUGCAUCGAGAUGUAAAACCACACAAUGUGAUGAUCGAUCAUGAGAACCGAAAAUUGCGACUAAUUGACUGGGGUCUUGCCGAAUUUUAUCAUAAGGGGACUGAGUACAAUGUUCGAGUUGCUUCCCGAUAUUUCAAGGGUCCGGAACUACUCGUUGACUUCCAAGAGUACGAUUAUUCACUUGAUAUGUGGUCCUUGGGGGCUAUGUUUGCAUCAAUGAUAUUCCGUAAGGAACCCUUCUUUCAUGGAAACAGCAAUUCGGAUCAGCUCGUCAAGAUUGCCAAAGUUUUAGGGACAGAGGACCUUUUUGAUUAUUUAGAUAAAUACGAGAUCGAAUUGGAUGCACAGUACGAUGAUAUACUUGGGAGGUUUCAGAAAAAAAGUUGGCACAGUUUUAUCAAUUCAGAAAACCAGAGAUUCGUCACGAACGAGGCUAUCAGCUUCUUGGAUAAAUUACUAAGAUAUGAUCAUCAAGAACGAUUGACAGCAAAAGAAGCCAUGGCGCACCCAUUUUUUCAACCUGUUCGAGACAAUGAAGCUCGAGUAUCAGGAGCUUCCGGCUCUACAACGAGCUGA